GUUCAAAUCUUCACAAGGAGGAAGCUGAAGCUGUGUCCUGCAGUACGUGAGAGCACAAUAUUAUCAAAGGGAUGCCUGUAGAAAAAGUCAACAAUUCAUCGGACUUAGAUGCCAAGGUCCCUUCUUGUCUUCAACUCACAUCUAUUGGAAACCUCACACUGACCUCUGACCCCUCACACAGAUGUGUUAAGGCUAAAGUGGUUCGCAAAGGUCCUGUGAUAUCCUGUCCACAGAGAGAUGAUGUGGAAAUGCUUAGAGCCGAGAUCAAAGAGGAGGACCCCCUUCAGAGUACCACUGAACAUACAUCAAUCAACGUCAUUUUCUUUGACACACUGGCCAAGGACUUUUCCCAGUCUGUCACACAAGGGGACAUUGUACUUAUAGCAGAUUUUACAAUCAAAAAGUCUCCAACUUUUCUCAGAGACAAUCUACAUCCUUGUCACCUGGAGAUGGAUAACAAAGAUGCCUGUAUCUAUGUAUGUCCCUCGGCUAUCCCUGGUCCUUCUAGGUCAGAGGCCAAAUACAUUUAUGUUCCUCUAAACAAAUUGAAGUCCAAGACUAUGGUGAACGUCUAUGGAGUGGUGACUUUUUUCAAACAACCUUUCCCCUCUAGAGGUUCAGAUUACUGCUCUACACUAAAGAUCACAGAUCAGUCAGAUGUUAAAGUGAUCUGCACCAUCUUCUGUAAAAAACUGGAGGAUCACCCACUCAUCUUCAGAGUUGGAGACAUUAUCAGACUGCACAGAUUCAAGGCAGAAACAUUCAGAGACUCCAUCACACUCAUGAACACAUUCGGUUGGUCCACAGUCACAUUCAAUGGAAUUAUUGACAGCCCAAUUGUCCCCCGUACCUCGAGCAAAUCAUUUUACUUUGGGGAAGCCGAUAAGCGCACAGUUCAGAAGCUUCGCCAGUGGGCUGCCAACCAGUCUUUAUGCAGUGACCUUAACACCUCCCUUUCCUCAGUACAGCCCCACAUGUACUUUGAUUUUACCUGCCAGUUGCUGGCCAAGGCUGUCAUGGAUAGUCGAUGUAUCCUUUUGAAGGUGUGGGACGGGACCAGGUGUCAGCAUCCCUUGUUGAAAGUUGCAGUUGCACCUGAUGAAUUGGAAGGUGAAUGCACUCUUGCUAAAGACAAGAUGAAUUUGACAGCCAACGUUCUGGUCUAUGAUAAUCACUUGGAGGUAGCUCGAGACUUAAAGCCCGGUGCAUUUCUGCGGUUCUACAAUCUCCAUGCACUUCUUCAGAAAGCCCCAGGCCAGUUGCCAGAUCAACCGGAACAUCUCAGUUUCCAUCUUCAUGGGGGAACAGUAUAUGGACGAGGUUUACGUAGCCUUCCUGCAGAAACCCCUGACCUGCUGUCCCUCAAGAGUGUUCUAGAGAAACAUGUUGACCUGGAUGAGCAUGAAGAAGUGAAUGAUGGCACAUUACUGGAAAUUUGGUACACGCCGCCGGAGUCUAUAGUCUUGCCAAAUAAUGAAAAUCCAGGUGCUGAAGCAGAUGCAGGGCCUGCUUAUACAGCAGAUGCCCUUCCAGCUGCAACCCAUUUCUGGGAAACAUCCAAACACACCGAUUCACACUCAUACACUACGGACAAUUUAGCCUACCCAAUUCACCUGUGCCGCAUGUCUUUGGACUUGUGGGGGAAACCGGAGCACCAGGAGGAAACCCACGCAAAAGCAGGGAGAACAUGCAAACUCCACACAGAAAGGCCAACUGACCCAGACGAAGCUCGAACCAGUGACCUUCUUGCGACGUGUGAGCACAACACACAGCGGAUCACACUCGCUCAGGUGAAGCGCUCCACACCACCGCUGUCAUGUCAUGUUCGAGCCCGGGUGAAGAAGUACCUGCCCCAGCAGUUAUACCAGUGCUUGAAACUCUUCUGCUCCAAGUGUAAAACAAUGAAAGACGUUCCUGAUGACAGUGCUGUCGCAAACAUAUUUCUGGAAUCUGCGAGAGAUAACCAACCUUGUGAUGAGCAGUGGGCUGCCACCUCAUCAGCAAAUUCUAGAGAACCUGGAAGAACCAUCUCAAUGCACGUUUCUAAAGACAUGGUGGGGGAAAGCAGUCACAUGCAGCUGAUUUUCAUUGAGGGAAUAACACUUGAUGAGAUCAGUGUGUUAUCACGUGAUCACAAAAACCUAGUUCCUGUGAGAUCAGAGAACAGCAAGAUGACCCGUAUGGAUCUCACAGCUCCAUUCUUGUUUUCUGGAAAAAAAAGAUAUUAUGGGUGUAAAGAGUGCUCUCAGAACACGUUUGAAAACCCUGUGUUUACUGGAGUGGAAACCUGGGAUGAACUGGCAGUUGCUGAAGUUUUGGGAGUUCAGAUGAUGCAGUACAGAUUUUUAAUCCAGUUUGAACUGGAUGAUGGGACUGAUAGAAUAGAGGCUCUGCUGUGGGAGGAUGCUGAGAGGUUCUUCCAUAUUUCUGCUUUAGAUGCUUCAGGUUGUCAAGAUUUGCAGGACAAGAUUCAGACAAUCAUGGACACAAUUCAACCACCAGAAAGCAGUUUGGAAGAACAUCCAUGGAUGGAUUUUUGCCUCUCUGUCUACACUGUAAAGGACAACGACAGAAAAAAAGUUUGUUACCAGAUCACAAACACAGAAAUUGUUAAACAAUAGAAAAGUUUGUAAUGAUGUAAUUCAAUGAAAAUAAAUUGAAGUCUGCACCUACACCGAACAAGAAGUUUUUCAGCCUGGAAUAUUUGUGUUAAGAAAUGUAUAUACAUGUUUUGUUGUGAAACAAUCCAUAGAUGUUUGUAAAAUAAAGUGUUAUUUUUA